CGUCCAUCGCUUAUUCCCGGGAAAUUUUCUUCACACUGAGAACACUUGAUGCAUUAACAAAGCCGAUUAUCCAUAUAUUUGAGAUCAAUUAUCAAUAACAGUGAUUAUUAACGUCAGACAAUAUAAUCGAGGAGAACGAAUUUCCUGGGUAGCUUGUUGGGCGCCAUUCGAAGGUAACUUUGAGAAUUUUCUGGGCCUUUUGAGGAAAUUCAUAAGCCAUUCGGCGUGUUUGAGCUUUCAGAGUAACAAAAAGGGGUUAGAAAAAACUCAAAAAUGGCGCAAGAACCUGAUAUGCCUACUUUCAAGUGUGUACUUGUUGGUGAUGGUGGUACUGGAAAAACGACAUUUGUUAAACGUCACUUGACGGGUGAAUUUGAGAAGAAAUAUGUGGCUACACUCGGUGUUGAAGUACAUCCACUGAUUUUCCACACCAAUCGUGGACCAAUUAGAUUUAACGUGUGGGAUACAGCUGGUCAGGAGAAAUUUGGAGGUCUCAGGGAUGGUUAUUACAUCCAGGGACAGUGUGCUGUCAUCAUGUUUGAUGUUACGUCCCGUGUGACGUAUAAGAAUGUACCCAACUGGCACAGGGAUCUUGUCAGAGUUUGUGAAAAUAUUCCAAUUGUCCUUUGCGGGAACAAGGUGGAUAUCAAGGACAGGAAAGUCAAGGCCAAGAGCAUUGUGUUCCACAGGAAGAAAAAUCUUCAGUACUAUGACAUCAGUGCCAAGAGCAACUACAACUUCGAAAAGCCCUUCCUGUGGCUCGCAAGGAAAUUGAUCGGUGAUCCCAAUCUCGAGUUCGUCGCGAUGCCCGCCCUUCUGCCACCCGAAGUUACUAUGGACCCACAAUGGCAGCAACAAAUUGAGAAGGAUCUCAAAGAGGCGCAAGAAACUGCUCUCCCCGAGGACGACGAGGAUCUCUAGUUUCAUUAAAAUAAAGAACAACGCGAAUGGCCGCUACUCGAAAUUUCACGGUCGAGAAGACAAAAAAAAACAUUCAAAAUCAUUAAAAAAAAAGAAACAUUGUAAUUUCCAAUUGUAAGGCCUAUGCAAAAAUAAGUGCUCUACGUACUCGUUACGUGCUUACCUCUUUUGAUUGCAGAUUCUUUCACAAAAAAACGAAUAUUCAAUCUA